CGCGUGCCAGAGCAGCCCAGUUGCGGAAGAGCAGCUGUUUCAGCGUCCGUUGGUGUGCAAGAGAAACAUGGCGGAUCGGCUCACGCAGCUGCAAGACGCGGUGAAUUCGCUUGCAGAUCAGUUUUGUAAUGCCAUUGGAGUAUUGCAGCAGUGUGGUCCUCCUGCAUCUUUUAGUAAUAUUCAGACAGCAAUUAACAAAGACCAGCCAGCUAAUCCUACAGAAGAGUAUGCCCAGCUUUUUGCAGCGCUGAUUGCACGAACAGCAAAAGACAUUGAUGUUUUGAUAGAUUCCCUGCCCAGUGAAGAGUCUACAGCUGCUUUACAGGCUGCUAGCUUAUAUAAGCUAGAAGAAGAAAACCAUGAAGCUGCUACAUGUCUGGAAGAUGUUGUUUAUCGAGGAGACAUGCUUCUGGAAAAGAUACAAAGUGCGCUUGCUGAUAUUGCACAGUCACAGCUGAAGACAAGAAGUGGUACCCAUAGCCAGUCUCUUCCAGACUCGUAGCACCAGUGGAUACCAUGUGGCUGAGAAAAGAACUAUUUCAGUGCCAUUAAGAAUUCUGCAUCAGACUUAGAUAACAAGCCUUACCAACAGUUAUAGAAACAUUCAACACUAUGACACAUGUUCCCUUUUUAGCUAUUUUUAAGUCUUCUAUUUUCACUCUUGAUAAAUAAGCAUAUAAAAAUCAUGAUUCAACCAGCUUUAAACCAUCAUACCAUCAUUUUUUAACUGAAAUUAUUAAGGCAGAUAAUGCAUUAAUAAACAUAAGUAAACAUAUAUAAAAUUCUA